GCGGGCAGCGGAGCAGUAAAGAUGGCCGCGCGCGGGUCUCCGCCCUCCGCUCCCGGCUGAGGCGCUUGGCGGCGGCUGCGGCGGCGGCCCGCAGCAGCGACGGCGAUGGCGGAGAUGGAGCGCCUGGGCGGGAAGCGGGCCGAGUCGGCGCGGGCACGGCGGGCCGAGCAGCUGCGGCGCUGGCGGGGCUCGCUGACGGAGCAGGAGCCCGCCGACCGGCCGGGCGCGGAGCUGCCGCCGCAGGCUCAGCGCGGGGGCCCGCGGGUCCGCUUCGAGGACGGCGCCGUGUUCCUGGCCGCCUGCUCUAGCGGGGACACCGACGAGGUGAGGCGGCUCCUGGCCCGGGGCGCCGACGUGGACACGGCCAACGUGGACGGCCUGACCGCCCUGCACCAGGCUUGUAUUGAUGAAAAUGUGGACAUGGUGAAGUUUCUGGUGGAGAACGGAGCCAGUGUGAACCAGCAGGACAGCGAGGGCUGGACGCCCCUCCACGCAGCAGCGUCCUGUGGCCACCUCAACAUCGCGGAGUAUUUCAUUAGCCACGGAGCCAGCGUGGGUGUUGUGAACAGUGAGGGGGAAGCCCCCUCUGACCUCGCAGAAGAGCCUGCCGUGAAGGACCUUCUUCUGCAGCAAGUGAAGAAGCAAGGGGUCGAUCUCGAGCAGUCGAGGAAGGCAGAGGAACAGCAGAUGCUGCAGGACGCCCGCCAGUGGCUCAACAGCGGGAAGAUACAGGAUGUGAGGCAGGCGCGCUCAGGGGCCACUGCCCUCCACGUGGCUGCCGCCAAGGGCUACUCUGAGGUCCUCAGACUUUUGACUCAGGCUGGCUAUGAGCUCAAUGUCCAGGACCGCGACGGCUGGACCCCGCUCCAUGCCGCCGCACACUGGGGGGUGAAGGAGGCGUGCUCCAUCCUGGCAGAAGCCCUCUGUGACAUGGACGUCAGGAGCAAACUGGGCCAGACGCCGUUUGAUGUGGCUGACGAGGGCCUCGUGGAGCACCUGGAGAUGCUGCAGAAGAAGCAGAGCGUGCUUCGAAGUGAAAAAGAGACACGGAAUAAGCUCAUUGAGUCGGAUCUGAACAGCAAGUUGCACGGUAGACUCUUUAAGAACAAAGAGAAGAUGCUCUAUGAGGAGGAGGCACCGAAGCCCCAAGAAAUGGAGGAUGAAAACAAAGAAUCCAGCAGCUCCAGCUCAGACGAGGACGAAGGUGAAGAUGAGGCUUCUGAGUCAGAAACCGAGAAGGAGGCGGGUGAUGCCGAGACCCUCUGUCUGCAGAGCACGGGGGGUCACUGCUUGUCACAAGAUAAAAAGCCGGGAGCCAUCGUCAACCGUUCCAACUCUGAAAGCAAGAGUAGUGCCGCAGAGCAGACACCAGCACCAGCGCAGAUCAUCUCCUCCACCUCUUCAGCCAGGAGAUUCUCCGGCCUUUUCAACAAGCCGGAAGAGCCCAGAGAUGAGUCUCCGUCUUCGUGGAGGCUGGGCCUCAGGAAGACCGGCAGCCAGAACGUGCUGGGCGAGGCGGCCAGGUCCAGGGAGGCCCUGCGGGACCGGGGCGCGUCCAUCCACCGCUCGGCCUCCAGCCCCCGCAUCUCCACUGUGCUGGACACCAGAGAAAAGGAGCGAGAAAGCAGAAGCUCUUUCAGCGCACUGGGGCCGCGGAGGCUGAGCGCCGCCAGCGACCUGGAGGAGAAGGAGAACAGAGAGUCGGCUGCUCACCUGGUGCGGAGUGGCCCCCCCGCCCGCCAGCUGCGGAGGGACGGAGCGGAGGGGAGCGAAUCUCUGCAGAUGGCCGCCCCUUCCACCUACGUGACAACCUACCUGAAAAGGCCUCCUUACAAGUCCCAGGCUGACUCCGCAGCGGAGAGAACGGUAGACGGUGUCUCUUGCGGCACCCCGCUCUGUGUGAUCACAAAUCGCCCCCCACCUAGCACUGCCAAUGGGGUUACAGCUGCCGCUCUGCUCUCCAUUCCUGGAACGGACUCCUCUGUGGAAGCCAGGGAGAGGAGGAGGUCGUAUCUGACUCCUGUACGGGACGAGGAAGCAGAGUCAUUACGGAAAGCACGCUCCAGACAAGCUCGGCAGACUCGCAGGUCUACCCAAGGUGUAACCCUGACGGAUCUCCAGGAAGCAGAAAGGACGUUCAGCCGGUCGAGGGCAGAGCGUCAGGCUCAGGAACAGCCCAGCCCGAAGCCCGUGGGCCCCAGAGGGCUCGACGGCAGCGCCCAGAAGCAUGAGCCCCUGGCAGCCCCUGCAGAGGAAGCUGGGGAGAGCCGCCAGCCCUGGGACCGGAGUCUGGAGGAUCAGCCUGUGUAUCGUCGCCUGAGGAUUCCGGCUCAGCCAGACAAACCCAUGACACCAGUGUCACCUCCUGCCCCGAGACCCUCCCUCUACACCAGUUCCUACCUGCUCCGGACGGGUAGGUCUUCAGCCCCUGAUUCAGAGAGUUCAGAGCCCCCCGCCAGCCCUGCAGGGGCAAAGGAAAUGGACAAAAACGAGGGCGAAGAAGCAGAUUUGGGUGAUCAGUCAUCUAACAGGCUGUCCAUUCGUGAGAGGAGGCGGCCCAAGGAGCGACGAAGAGGCACAGGCAUCAGCUUCUGGACGAAGGAUGAAGAUGAAACUGAUGUCUCGGAAGAGGUGAAAGCAGCGUGGCAUGAACGACUUUCUAGGUUGGAAUUGGGAGGCAGUGACGCCAGCAGCGAGCGGGCCUCAGCCAGAGCCCGCCGGGAGGCCCGCGAGGCCCGCCUGGCCACCCUGAGCAGCCGCGCGGGGGAAGACAGCAGCAGGGACUACAGAAAGCUCUACGAGAGCGCCCUGACCGAAAACCAGAAACUGAAGACAAAACUUCAGGAGGCCCAGCUCGAGCUGGCAGAUGUGAAAUCCAAGCUUGAGAAGAUGGCCCAGCAGAAACAAGACAAGACCGCCGACCGGUCGUCAGUGCUGGAGAUGGAGAAGCGGGAGAGGCGAGCCUUGGAGCGGAAGAUGUCGGAGAUGGAGGAGGAGAUGAAGGUCCUGACAGAACUGAAAUCCGACAACCAGAGGCUGAAGGAUGAGAACGGCGCCCUCAUCAGGGUCAUCAGCAAGCUGUCCAAGUAGGCCAGGCGCUGGCUUCCCGGGACGGCGCUGGCCCCGCCUCUCCCCCGCCGGCGCCCACCGGCCAAGAGGAGCCACGAGGACCUUUCUCUGGCCGUCAUCCAGUUGCCGCCUCUGCACCCUCUGUGUCCCCUCCUCCGGCCCCCGCCGCUGGGGUUCAGACAGUUUCCAUCGAAGCACGACUGCGAUCCCUCAACCGAUAGAGCCAUCUGGUGGAGGCCUGGGGGUCGCCAGGCCAGCCGUGGACCCGGCCUCCGGUUGCCGGGCCACCGGUCCACGUAGCACUUGGUCCAGGCCCCAGCCCUGCUGCCACCGCCAUGCGCUCUGAUGUGGGACACACAUGGGGAGGCCUCUGGAGCUGCCGCCACUAGAUCCAAGUUGACAGUGACUCCACGUCGGGGCCUCUGCUUGUCCUUGCCUCUCAGGAACUGACUUUUCCCUAACUCCCGCUGGUGGUGGUGGAAUUUUUUCUACCAGCAACCUAGUGGCACCUGACUGGUCUUAACGCCCGUUCCCUCCGUGUCUGGCCCUCUCCCCAGGGCUCAGGUGACCGGGCUUGCCUCUUCUCUUUCUGUCCUUUUACUUUCCUUCCUCCGUCCGCCCCGCGGCGCGUACCCCGGGAGGUGGGCGCUGGGACAGAGCACCGACCCCAGCGGUGUGCCCGGGCAGUGGUACCGCUGGCCUCUCCCCGGCCAGGCCGGGCUCAGCUCCCCACCGUCCUCCCCACGCAGCAUUUCUCUGCUAGAACACCCGCCUGCCCCACCUCCCUUUGACCUGGUCUCCUCUCCUGAAGAGAAGUGACGCCGCUGUGAGGAGGCGUGGGGGCGUCUGAGGCCCCCCCCUCAUGCCUUGUGCUGUGAGCGUGGUGGGCUUGAUGGCAUCUGGGGCGUGUCCAGGGGAGAGACGAUUAUUUGCUCGGAAGCCAGCGGGAGGAACGAGUCUGGACUCGGAGUGGCGAGACCCGGUGGCCAAGGCUGUGUCCCAGGGACCCCACCCUGCUGUCAGGGAGCCUCUGGCGGCUGCGCCUUGAUCGCUCGAAAGCUGGGCGGCUUGGAUGAGAGUUGAGGUCUUCCUGAGGGUCCCCCUGUAACGUGACAGCCCUGCCAUACCUGCGGCUGGGGACCCCCAAGGUGCUGACGCUCCCCUGGGCCUGGAAGUCGGUCCCCACGCGCUCUGCUUUUCCCACCUGCCCUGUCUUGGCUAUCCUUCUCUGGACGAAAACCUGGACAGGUGGCUCCCUUGGUUCAGCACAGAAUUAGGUCAUGAGUUCUUGAUGAUGCCCCAGUAUUAACACUUAAGUGUUUGCUUUUUGUAGGCGCUUUAUCCCUCGGCUGGUUUGAGUGUGCAGGUCGUUUUGGGGUUGCCGGAGACAUUUAGUGUGUAGCGGUCCGUUCUCAACAUACGCUACCUCUGUCUAGUUUCUCUUUCUUUCCAGCCCCUUCCAUGGCCCUCAGAAACGUCACAUGCUCUUUAACCCAGAGCCAUGAUCAAGGUCCCAGUUCGGGAUAGGAAUUUGUCUCCUGGGGCAAAACGCCUUUCUCAGAGUGUGCAAAAUCUUCCAUGUCCGGCCAUUUCCUGCGAGGAGCAACGCCUGGGCACGGGUGAUUUGUGUCGUCGGGGCCGGGGGGGUUGCGUGGGGGGGAUGCUGAGAGCGAAGUUUCAUAUCUUCCACUGUAGCGUUUCCUUUGUUCUGGGGGAGGGGAGCGGGCACGAGGCCUUGGCCUUGACCCUGACUCUCCGGCACACCCUGGGUGCUGGGCCAGGACUGGAAAAGGAAACUGAAUUAUUAGGACGUCACCUGGACUCUCUUGCAUCAGGCAGACCAGGCAGAGGGGCCACAGCAUGCCCUCCGCUCCGUCUGUGCCUUUCGGGGGCGCGGGCGGCUCUCGGAACCCGGUCGGGCUGUGUCCCGCGCCUCCCUCCAGCCCUUCUGUGUCAGGCCUCUCCACUCAGGAAGCCAGGCUCUGUGGCUAGAGCCCGUGGUGUGGACCAGCCCGUGAUCUCAGGCGCUCUCUCUCUUAUGCAACUAAGUCUGUGAGACAGACUCUGAAUCUGGUCUCUUUCCAGGCUGUGCUGGUCCGCGAGGUGAUGGUCAGGGGCCCCCUCGCUACCUCUGGGGUUGCGCCCUGUCACCGCGGUGCCUGGAUGGGUGGUCAGCGCUGGGGGGAGGGCCUCGUCGGCCUUGGCCAGCGGUUUUCUGGACAGGUCGCACCUCUGGGAGUGACAACCAGCCUCUGAGAGUCUGAGUCUCUGGCUGAAGCCUCACUGCUUCUCCCCCUCGUGCCUGAGGCCCCAGGUUGGGCCUUGGAAGGGUCUGAAGGAAGGAUGAGCCCUGGCCUGUCUCCUCGGCCCACUUGCAGGGCGUCAGCUCCUCUGCUUCCCUGCCCUGAGCAAAUCGUGUGCAUGUUAGCGCCACCCGGGGCAAACGGCAGCUGGAAUCCCACUUCCAAGCCCGUGGACCCCACCAAGGUGUGUGUGAACUACCAGCGUGGAGGGGAGCAGCUCAUCUCCGUCUCCAGGUUUCUGGCCCUGGAGCAGGCCUCUCCCACCCAGACGGACACAGACAGAGGGGCUUCCCAGCUUCCAGGCCACCGUGUGGCUCCGAAGGGAAAACCUCGGGGACUCAGCAGCUGGGCCGGUAGGGAGUGGGCCCCUGGUUCCAUCCACUGGGUGAGCGCUGGCGUCCUGGCCUCCAGCACCACCCCUGACUCUGGACAUGGCGGCCAGCGGUCAUAGGUGGUCCUGCCCCUGUCGGGGCCCAGUUACAAGUACAGAGCGUGGUCCCCAUUACUGGGUUUGAAGGCAGGUUUCAGCACCUCGGAGGGUGUGUCUCCUGACCUUGUAGGAAGGCAGCUGUGGCGGCAGAACGAGGCCGCUGAAAGGACCGGGCAUCGGGGCCCGGGGCCAGCGCCUGUCCUGACCAGCCGUGCGGCCGUCUGUGAAAGGGGGCUGGGUCGGUGGUCCUCAGGACCCCUUCUUGGCUUGAGAGUCUGUGAUUUGUUGAUUCCUAGGGAGACCAGAACAUUUCUCACUCAGAGUUUUUGCUCUAACUUCAAAAAUUCUUCUCAUUCAGAUGGUUUAAGAGUGUGUCAAGGUGGGAAAGUGAAUUCAGUCUGGAGGGUAGUGGCCGUCCCUCCUGAUGGCCUGGUGAGAAUGUGCAAACCCGCGGGGGUGGAAACACGGCCUCUGGAUGAGUGGUUCUCACGGGAGGGGCCCGGCUCCUGGCGUCCAGACAGCAGACCCGCUGUGUUUCUCCCCACCGGCCACUCAGUCUCAGCUCUGCCUUAAGCACCAGAGGGCCUUCCUCGAGGAAACCCCAGCCUUUAGUUUUGUGGGGCCAUCAGAUCUGGACCUGGGCUGUCGCAAGCCGAGGUCCCUCCCCUGAGCAGGGCUGCAGGGAGUUUACACCAAAGGCUGCAGGACCGAGCAGCCCCCGGGGAGGAGGGGGAGGGCCAGGGUCUGGGGCCAGCAUCCCUCAGCCUCCAAACAAGCCGAAGCUUUGUUCGGCCCCCCGGAUGGGUAUGUAGACUGUGUCAAGGAUGGCCAUUGAUCGCUUGUGCUCUGAUUAGAUUGGGCAGUAGAUCAGCUUCACUGCGGCCCCGGGAACCGUCAUUGUCACAGCUGCUUGGGAGUGAGGUGGGCUCGGGAGAAUCUGGACCGGCUGGUGGCCGCGUAGCAGGCGAUGCAGCCCCUCCUGUGAGGGUCGUGGUCGGACGUCAGGUUGAGGAGGGGUCCUGGGAGCCCCUCCUUGGGAAGUACAUCUAGAGACAGACACGGCUGAGGGUUGGCCUGAUGCUGCCUUAGGAGGUUUCGAGCUUUGGGGAUCACUCUUGCUUCUAAGCCUGUGUGCACACGCGUGUUUGCUACAUGGAGAUUUCAAAAUGCAAUCUCAUCACCCAGUUUCAUCCAAGUGUGUUACUCUGUUAACUCAUAUCUUUUGCUUCCCCCCUCCAUUCCCCAGAGGGCUUCUCUCUGAGCUUCUUCUCCAAUUAAUCUGUUUAUCAUUUCAGACUGGGAAUCUGCCAGAGUGACCUUUUCUGUUACUUCUCCAGAUUUUCCCCUAAUGCUCCCAGUAAACUUUUCCUGGGUGGCCCUUUAAGGUGACCUCACGAUGCUCCUGUCUUUGCAAAAUAAACACACCUUUCACCCUCCCGCCUACUCUCAUCUUCCUCCCCAUUAAUUUUUUGCUUUUCUCACUUGGAGCUGGUGGUGCUUUAGAGGAGAGAUUGUCCACGAAUCAGCCCCGACUCCUCUGGUUGCAAAGCUGACUGGCUGUGCCACUUCCCCCUCGAAGGCGAGGUUUGGCCCUAGCCUGGGCGGGGCCCAUGGGCAGCCUGGCCUCGUCUGCACAGCUAGAGACUGAGUGAGUCCUCAGGAGGGCACGGGGCAGUGUCGGUGCGUCUGGAACAGUGGCUCAUCUGCUGUUGCCUUGCAGGAGCGGGUUCAGGAAAGGCAGGGGCCCGGGGGCCUCGUUGAAGCCUCGAUGGUCUCACAGAAGCAGGAGUCGGGGUGGGGGCAGGUCCUGGACGUGGGGUGCUAGGCUGGCCUCUGAGCCUGACCUGCGUCUUCUCUCCAUACCGUGCUCUUCUGGGGAGGGGGCUCGGAGGGAAAUACGAGGGGCUCAAGCCAAGACAGCAGGAGGUGGGCCGCAGGGGUGGGGGUUCCCUUGCACCCCUGAAAGGCUGGGGCUGCUGUCAGGCUGGCCCCCGGGUGGGGGAGGGCGAGACUGUCCCCAUGUCCCGCCAUGGGGGACUCUGACUCAGGCUGCAGCGCCGUGGUCCCCCCCUCGUCCCCCUCCGUUCCCUCUGCCUCUGUCUUGAUCGGUGGAAAGAGCUGUGAGACCCUCCCUGGGGUCUCCACACCCCCAUUCCAGGGGUAGCAUUUUGUCUUUGUUCACCUUACCCCCACCUGACUUCCCCUCCAAGAAAGCACCAGAGGGACCGUUUUAAGUCGGCUCCGUUGUAAAUACACGUGGUGGGGAUAGGGGUUUAGGGAGGGACCCAGAUGCGCUUUGUGAGUUGAAUGUAUUUUUAUGCAAUUCUGAGUGGCCUUUCAACUCUGAGAUGAAUGAUUUUGUUUUACUGGUUAUUAUAUAGUAUUAUUAAGUAAGUAUUCUGUGUUUGAAAGUUUGGGAAUAAUAAUAUCCACAUCUACAUGAUGCCUGUAAACACAACAGUAUUUAUAAAUAAGUAAAUUGUGUUUUAACUUCG